AUGGCUCCAGUUCACACUGCAAAGAGGCGGCGUCUUAGCCCGACAGGAGAGGCGGCCCCUUCAUCGGCAAUGAAGACGUUCUACGCCAGCGCGUCGCAAUGGGACCUCGAACAGGACUACGAACGACGACCAAGGAAGGGCAGCAAGAAGGAUAGAGAGCGGACACGCUUGCCCAUCAAAACUGCGGAGGGAAAUAUAGAGCACAUUGAGGAACCUCAGCAUUCGGAGCCUGAAUCCCUUAGCCCGUUCGACUCUGACGAACAGUCCGACGAUGACGCUCCCGCCCCCAAACCCGUCCAGGAACCCGUCUCGCAAGUCCCGCCAAAGCUGCAAAUCAUACAGGCGAAGGAAGAAUUAGCAAGGAUUGCGAUGAUCAUAAAUGAAGACCCGGAGGAACAUAUGGAGUCGUUCAAGAGACUGGCAGAAAUGGUCAAAUCUUCUUCAUUGCCCGCCGUUAAGAAACUGGCGCUUGCUACCCAAGCUGCGGUUUACAGAGAUGUUAUUCCUGGCUACAAAAUCCGGCCUUUGGGUGAAGCAGAACUCACGGUAAAAGUGUCGAAGGAGGUUCGAAAAGUUCGCGACUACGAGCAAGCGCUGCUUUCUGGAUAUCGCAAUUAUAUUCAGGAGCUAGUAAGGCUUGCAAGAUCAAAGCAUGACGAGGGUCUCAAAUCAGUUGCCAUCAAUUGUGCGUGCGGGUUAUUGACUGCUGUUCCGCACUUUAAUUUUCGACAGGAGCUCUUGAAGAUACUUGUCUCGCUAGUCACUCGCCGUCACCUUGACGCAGACGGUAUCAAAGCUCGUGAAACCAUCAAGGAAAUAUUCUCCAACGAUGAAGAUGGAAUUAUCUCGAUGGAAACAGUCAGCCUUCUGGCGAAAACAAUGAAGUCUAAAAAUUUCAACGUUCAUCACAGUACAUUGGAUACCUUUUUACAUCUGCGACUUCUGUCUGAAUUUUCUCUCAAAGGCUCCCACGAUAGAAUUGAUAAGGAGGAAACUGAGGGAAAUACAUACAAGGGGAAAAAGAUCAAAGAGAAGCGCGAGUUUCGAACGAAAAAAGAACGAAAACUCCUUCGAGAACGGAAAGCUGCCGCCAAAGACCUAAAGGAGGCAGAUGCCCUCGUCAAGAAUGAGCAACGGGAUAAGAUGCAAGCGGAGACGCUGAAUCAGCGGGACCGAUGA